AUGAAAGCUCUUGUAGUAUUGGGAAUUACACUUAUUUUGGCCUGCACUGAAGUUUUCUUCCCUUUCAUCUUCAGAAGCAAAGACAUCUUUUGGGGAAAGAUGGAAAAAUCUCAUGUUCUCAACAUUUUGGAAGAGAGUAAACUCAUGGUGGAUAAUGCUAUCUACAAUACAAUGAAAAGAAACCUCAAGAAAAGGGAAGUAAAUUCUCCAGCUCAGCUUCUGUCUUUUUCCAAGCUCCCUGAACCAACUAGCCGAGCUAUUGCCCAAGCGGCAGAGAUCAUGGAAACUUCAAUACAAGCAAUGAGAAGAAAAGUUUACCUGAAAUCUAAACAAUCACAGCAGACCACUGAUGUUUUAUCAGAAGAUCUUCUGAAUACAAUUGCAAAUGUGUCUGGAUGCCUGCCUUACAUGUUACCACCAAAAUGUCCAAAUACUUGCCUAGCAAACAAAUACAGACUUAUCACUGGAGCUUGCAAUAACAGAGAUCAUCCUAGGUGGGGAGCUGCCAACACAGCCUUAGCAAGAUGGCUUCCUCCAGUCUAUGAAGAUGGAAUCAGUCAGCCCAAAGGCUGGAAUCAUAACUUCUUAUACAAUGGGUUCCCACUGCCUCUGGUUCGGGAAGUGACAAGACAAGUUAUUCAAGUUUCAAAUGAGGCUGUUACAGAAGAUGACCAAUAUUCUGAUCUUCUUAUGGUGUGGGGACAAUAUAUUGAUCAUGACAUUGCAUUCACACCUCAAAGUACCAGUAAAGCUGCAUUUUGGGGAGGAAUUGAUUGCCAGCUGACAUGUGAAAACCAAAACCCAUGUUUUCCCAUACAGCUCCCCUUCAACGACUCACUGACCGCGGGCACUGAAUGUUUGCCCUUUUACCGAUCUUCUGCUGCUUGUGGCACUGGGGACCAAGGAGCAUUCUUUGGAAACCUCUCCAAGUCAAAUCCAAGACAGCAGAUGAACGGGCUGACCUCCUUCCUCGACGCAUCCACUGUUUAUGGCAGCAACCCUGCCUUGGAGAAGAAGUUAAGGAACUGGACCAGCGAGGAAGGGCUGCUCCGGGUCAACCAGCGCUACCGAAAUGGGGUCCACGCGUACCUUCCCUUUGUGCCGCUGCGUGUGCCCUCGCCCUGUGCCCAGGAGCCUGGCGCCGCUAGCACAGAACGAGUGGAGUGUUUCCUGGCAGGAGACGGCCGCGCCAGCGAAGUCCUUUCCCUGACCGCCUUGCACACGCUUUGGCUGCGCGAACACAAUCGCCUAGCAGUCGCCCUGAAGGCUCUCAACCCUCACUGGAGCGCAGACACCGUCUACCAGGAGGCACGCAAAAUUGUGGGUGCCCUGCAUCAGAUCAUUACUAUGAGAGACUACGUUCCAAAAAUCCUGGGCCCAGAAGCCUUCCAGCAAUAUGUGGGUCCCUAUGAAGGAUAUGAUUCCACAGUGAACCCAACAGUGUCCAAUGUAUUUUCCACGGCUGCUUUCCGCUUUGGACAUGCCACAAUUCAUCCACUUGUGAGGCGGCUUGAUGAUCACUUUCAGGAACAUCCAGACCUCCCCAAGUUACAUCUGCACGAUGUCUUCUUUAGUCCAUGGAGACUUAUCAGGGAAGGUGGUUUGGACCCACUAGUAAGGGGCCUACUUGCAAGAUCAGCCAAAUUGCAGGUGCAGGAUCAAUUGAUGAAUGAGGAACUGACAGAAAAGCUCUUCGUGCUGUCAAAUUCAGGCACUUUGGAUUUGGCGUCAUUAAAUUUGCAGAGGGGUCGAGACCACGGCCUGCCAGGUUAUAAUGAAUGGAGACAAUUCUGCAGCUUACCAAGACUAAAGACUCAAGCUGACUUGAAUACUGCCAUUACCAAUAUGGGUGUCAUUGAAAAGAUAAUGAACUUGUAUAAGCAUCCUGAUAAUAUUGAUGUCUGGAUGGGUGGCUUAGCUGAAAACUUCCUUCCAAGGGCUCGAACUGGUCCCUUGUUUGCAUGUAUCAUUGGAAAACAAAUGAAAGCCCUAAGGGAUGGUGACCGGUUUUGGUGGGAAAACAGCCAUGUAUUUACUGAAGCUCAAAGGCAUGAACUGGAAAAGCAUUCUUUAUCCCGAAUAAUCUGUGACAACACAGGCCUCAGCAGAGUGCCAAUUGAUGCCUUUCAAGUUGGAAAAUUUCCUCAAGAUUUUGAAUCAUGUGAAAAUAUACCACAUAUGAAUUUAGAAGCAUGGAGAGAAACUUUUCAUCAAGAUGACAAGUGUGCUUUCCCAAAAAAAGUGGAUAAUGGGGACUUUGUGCAGUGUGAUGAAUCUGGAAAACGUGCCCUGGUGUAUUCCUGUCAUCAUGGAUAUAAGCUUCAAGGGCAAGAACAAAUCACUUGCACAGACAAAGGAUGGGAUUUCCAGCCACCUAUUUGUAAAGAUAUUAAUGAAUGCAAAGAUCUACUAGAGCCUCCCUGCCAUCCCUCUGCUGAAUGCAAGAACACCAAGGGCAGCUUCCAGUGUCUCUGUACUGACCCUUAUGUACUAGGAGAGGAUGAAAGAACCUGUAUAUACUCUGGAAGACUCCCAAAAGCCUCAUUCGUCUCCAUCACAUUAGGCGGCGUGCUGAUCGGUGGCUUGGCAGCAUUGAUCUGGGUGGUGAUUUGCAGAUGGUAA